AUGAAGCAAGCGUUGCUAUCUCCGUUAUUAAAGAAACAAACUUUGAAUUUUGAAAGCUUCUCAAAUUUUAGACCAAUCUCUAAUUUGAAAUUUUUAUCGAAGGUUAUUGAGAAAGUAGCAGCUUCGCGUUUAUGGGAUCACCUCUGCACAAAUGAUCUAAAUGAGAUAUUCCAGUCGGCUUACAAGAAGUAUCACAGCUGCGAAACGGCACUUGUUCGAGUUCAGAAUGACAUCUUGAAAGCCAUUGACAACAACAAAUGUGUGAUUCUUCUAUUGCUGUACUUAUCAGCUGCAUUCGACACUGUUGAUCAUGACAUUUUGUUAAACAGAUUGCAGUCAAAUUUUGGUAUAAAGGGAAAAGCUCAAGCAUGGUUUCGGUCGUAUCUUACAGACCGCACACAUUUUGUCAAAAUAGAUGGGAGCAGUUCAUCAGUUCAUCCCGUCAGUUACGGGGUGCCACAAGGGUCGGUGUUGGGACCAUUAUUAUAUCUGCUAUACACGUCUCCAUUGGGAGAUCUAAUGCGAAAACACGACAUAUCAUUUCAUCUAUAUGCAGAUGAUAAUCAAAUAUAUACCACGUUUGGUUUCAAUAAUGAUGUUGAACUCUCGUUGACGACGUGUCGGGUUGAAAGAUGUCUAGCUGAUAUCACCAACUGGAUGUCUGCUAAUAAGCUAAAACUCAAUACUGGCAAAACAGAACUCCUUGUUCUCCACUCGAAAGUUCCGACAGAUUUCGUUGCAACCAAACAUAACUGUUAA